AAAGCAUCUUGAUCCUGAUUAAGGCGUUGUCUUGUCCCUCCGUACGCUGCACUUUUCCAACCGCCUGAGAGUGCAUUCCCCCUCCCUCACACACACUCGCGGAGUAACAUAAAAAGGACAUGCCCUCCACUCCUCCCCAGUGAGAGUGAACUCUAAAGACAGACAUUGUUAGUUGGACGGCGGGACGGCGCAGGCGGAAGUUUUCAGGGAGUUUGUCAUGGAAGGUGGAGGAGAGACCGCCGAUGGCGUGAAGGGGUUCGGCCUGAGGAAGCGCAGGAGGGCGGGGAGCGAUGAUCGAGGGAGACCCGAGGGCUCGAUGAGAGACAAGUGCAGGAGGGAGAAUAUCACCGAGCUGUACACGAAGCUCCGGUCUAUGAUCCCCAGCAUGUGCCCCAAGGCUCCAAGGGCAGAAAUUUUGCAGGAAGCAUCUCUUUACAUCAGGUUCCUUGAAGAGGAGAGGGCGAGGUUGGAGAUGCUGAAGAUAUCGUCAGCUCAGGUAACAGCCAACAGCUCAUCGAUUAGCGUCACUUUGUCCGACAGCAAUCUCGCUGUCUUUGCAAUCACGUCCUCUAUCAGACGGAAUUUGGUGACCGACAUCAUUAGUGUCUUCGGCCGACAUCGAGCAGAAAUUCUUGCCGCUAAUGUUGUGGCUCAGGCAGGGUGGAUGAGCAUGACGGUGACGGCUGCAGUGAAUGAUGUUGCAGACGGCGCUAUCGAGAAGAUUAAGCAGGACAUUCUCAUGGUAUGAAGCAUGUCCGGGUCUCGAUUUCGUACACUUGGACUAGCAUCUCAAGUUUUUUCAGAUAUAUAUAGGGAAAUAGGGAAAGAAAAGGAAAUGUCUAUUGAGU